GCACCACCUCCCACCCAUCGCGGCCGUCGACAUCGCAUCCCACGACCCCACCCCCAAUCCUCCCUUCCCGGGCCGUCCGCCUCAGCUACCAAGUCGGCCAAUCCAACCAACCAUCAACACACAGCUCACUCCAGCACUCCUCCUCCCUCCCGCUUCUCUCUCUCUCCCACUCUGCUGGUCGGCGAGAGGCUGCCUGCCAUGUGGGCCUCGCCAGGGAGGCUGCCGGCGAUGGAGGAGGAGGAGGAGGAGUGCGAGGCGGACGCGGGCCGCCGGGCGCCGAUGGCGUCCUGCUGGGGCCGCUUCGGCCUGGCGGCGCUGUGGCACCGGCUCCGGCACCUUUUCCUGGCGCGGCGGAGGGCGCGGCACGGCCGCUCCAUCCUCGGCGCCGGCGGGCUCAACUACGACCCGCUGAGCUACGCGCAGAACUUCGACGACAGCAGCCUGGAGCUCCACGAGCCGGACUUCACGGCCAGGUUCGCGCCGGCCCGCAACGCCUGCUCGCCCAGGCGGGCAUGACGACGCGCCACUUCUCGGCGCCCCGGUGGCAUACGGAGGAUCCCUUUUGCCACUUCCUGGCGCCCUUGUGCGCCCCUUUGAGUGGUAAAAAGGCUUUAUUUAAUCCACGUAUUUUCGGAUAAAUGUACAUGUACAUGUCAUGCGGAUGACGCAAGUAGUUUUCAUUUUUCUUCGCGGGUGUAAAUAUUCGUGUGGUGUUCUUCCAAAAGAAAAGAAAACAGCGGGGUUUCUGAUGAACUGCAUAGGAGCCAGUCAGAGCAUGUCUGUUUGGUUAUCAGAAAUUCGGAACAAGUUCCUCCUGAUUAGAUUUCUACGCUCCAAAUGUGCAUCAAGUUCGGAGCAUUUCAUGUGGUACUUAUCUCAGCUUCGACUUAAUCGAUAGCGGUUUAAGCUAAAUAGCUCAUUGCACGUCAAAUAAGUUGCUGAAUGUUA